AUGUCUUCGCUGAGCAAGUACUUCGACGAGGCGAUGGCGGGUGCCGGCUGCCGGGAGAUCCUGCAUCCGGGCCGCGACUGUUGGCCGUUCGCGCGGGACAACCUGCUCGGUUCGAUCGUCUCGAACGCGGGCUUCUUCGGUCCGAUCGCCGUGCUACGCCUGCUGCUGCUCGUCUACCGUCGGCGUACGCUCUCGGUGGCGAUCCUGCGCCAAACGCUCGGCGAGUUCGGGGCCAUGCUGGUGAACGCCCUGCUCGUGGCCAACUGCUGGACCGGAGCGUUCUGUCUGGUGACGUGCACCACCGGGCGAAUCCACGACAACUACUCCGUCUCGCUGGCACCACUGCUCGGGACGCUCGCGAUGCUCCUGAUGCCGGCCUACGUCCAAACCACGCAUGCUAAGGCCAUCUUCGUGGCGAACCUCGAGUGCUGGAUCAAGUCACGCCCGAGCCGGCUCAUCGCCCGGCUGCGUACAUCGCGCACCGUCGGAACGCUCUGCUUCAUGCUGCUCAGCGCCGGUAUCGCCAGGUGGGCCGCCAAACUCCGGAACCACUCGUCGGAGUUUUGGUUCUUCACGCCCAUCAAAGACCAGCAAAGAACACCUGGUGCUAGCUGUUGUCACCACGAAGAAAGCUGCCCGCGCUACGUCUGGCGCGGCACGCGCACCUACUUCACCUUCGUCGGACUGCUGGAGCUCGUGCGUCGGCUGAUCGUGACCGUCGGUCAGCUGGGCCAAGCGCCGACCGAACGUCUACGAUCGCUGCUCCGGCUACGCUACCGGCUGAUUCUGUUCCUCACGCUGUACAGCGGUACCUUCCGGCUGCUGACAUGUGUGCUCGCCCGUCGACGGCGCCGAAGGUCGCAAGAGUCGGACAAUGUGACGGCCGGCUUUAUCAGCGGCCUGUGGUACGCCCUGUAUCCGAACUACAACAUCUUCAACCUAGCAGUAUCCACGCUCGGACAGACCUACUGGAACUACGCGAUGGAAAGGUAUGCCCGGUCGUGCCCAGCACUGCACCUGCAGCUCCGGCGAGUGCCGUUCGCGCCUCUAGUAUGGACCGUGUCCAUGUGCUACGUGACCUACUCCCGUGCCUACUACCCGUGGGCGAUGUCCAAGUUUGCGUUGAAAUUCAUCGAUGUCUGCUCCAACUAUGCGUCGCGGACGGCGUCGGAAAACUUUGCCCUGCGAUUUCUGGCCGCUAGGUAGAGACCACCCCGGGCUGAUAGCGCAGUGUAGGGGUCUCGUCGUUGUCACGCAGCUGGUCGCAUGGGUUUGAUUCCCUGUGUGUGACAACAGGCGAGUUGGUGCGGGUCCGUAACAAUUCCGCCCGUAAAACACACCGUUACAGAAAGCAACACAGAGACAGAGCUUGUCUCACCGUGUGGAAGCCUAGUUUAAAAGUUAAGUUGUUAGUUUUCUGUUGGACAUACACCGACA